AUGAACUCGCCAGAGAAUAGCCCGGCAUGCCUCUCAUAUCUGACCAUAUACAAUCCCUCGCUCAAGCCCCUUCAUCUCGUUGAGCCCGGAGACGAGGAUGCACAGGAACAGGCCCACAUCGUCUUCUACACGUCCCGUGAAAGGGCUGUAUCUCGCGACAAGCUUCUGAGGCAGAUAGGACUUGCCAAAGCCCUUGUUAGUUUCGCUGAUGCGUUUGGCGCCCAUGCUCAAGCGACCGAUGUGCACUCGCAAGGGCGUCGCAUGGUGACGAUCUCUCCUGAACAUGGGUUCUGGAUCCAUGCCUGUCUUGAAUUGAGGAAAAGGGCGCGCUCCGUUAUACAACGCAAGCAGCCACAGGCGAAAGGCAAAGCACAGGCUACAGUGCAGGAAACGGAGAAGUCUCAAGUACAAACCGUCUUAGACUACGACGAGAGCUCCGUUAACGAUAUCGCGGUCAAGGCGCAGCUUCAGAGAGGUUACGAAGAGUUGAAGGCGAGCUCAAUUCGCCAUGGUUCCUUCACUUCCACCCUGGAUACACUGGGGCAGGAAGCACUCGCUCUUCAGCUGGAGCGCUUUUUCACUGUUUGGGCGUGGAGCUGGGAUGUUGAAGCCGCCGUUGACUUCGCGGAUCACCUAGGUAUCCGCCUCCAUCCUUACCACCGCGAGGUAUCGCCCAAGCUUGAAAUCCUUGCCGAAACCCUUCCGGACAACUAUGCGCCGUGCCUGCUUUUGCCACCCUACAUUAUCCCUUCCACGCGUUACAUCGAUCAUGCUUACCCUAUUGCCCUACCAAGACACCUUAUGCACCGUCUUGCGGCGAUCACCCAACGCUCCACGGCUCGAGGCCCAACUGAAGAUCAUGAGCAACAACUUGACGACAACGGACUGUCCGGAUCGUCACCUCCACCGCUAUCUUCAGCAAGAACUGAGAUGGCAGCACCUGCGGCUGGUGGCGGCGGAAGGGGUAUGUUAUCAAUACCGACCAUUGGAAUCGGCAUGGACGCCAUCGACGUACGCAAGUGGAGCUGGCCUGGGUACCUCACGUUUAGUAAAGGCCGAGGCUCAAAACCACAGGUGCAGACGGGACUGGCGAAAGAAUAUGAGGACGGUCAAAGGGAUACUACAUCAAGUAGGAUGAUUGUACAACAGCACAGGUUGGAUGGACCGUCGCUUCAGGAGGUGAUGGAAUCCAGCCAUAUGCAGGUCCAUGCCAGCGGUCAGCAGGUGCACAUGCCAGGCCUCGGACGUCCUGGAUCGCCGGCCCUCUCGCACGAGGAUCGCAACGAGCAUCCUGGGCCACUGCUCACUGAUGGUAAGCUAAGAACAUUGCCCUUGUUACAUCCGCUAUGA